AUGCGUUUCUCCAAGAUCUCCACCCUCAUGGGCUUUGCCCUCGCGGCCUCUGCCCAGAAGGUCAAGUUCCUUCCUCUUGGUGACUCCAUCACCGAGAUCACCUGCUGGCGUGCCAUCGUCUGGGACAUGCUCUCCGCUGAGGGUGUCGCCGACCAGGUCGACUUUGUUGGCUCCAUGACCAACAACCCCCAGAACUGCAAGGCCACCUCCGCCGGAUUCGAUACCGGCCACGAGGGUCACUCUGGCUGGCAAGCGGUUGACAUCGCCAACCAGUACAUUGAGGGCUGGUCCGAAUCCACCGUCCCCGACGUCGUAAACUUCAUGCUCGGCACCAACGAUGUCAACAUGGGCAAGACUACUGCUCAGAUCAUUGCCGCCUACGACAAGAUCCUUGCCACCCUCAGGGCUGUCAACCCCAACGUCAAGGUUGUCAUUGACAAGCUCAUUCCCCUCCCUUUCAAGAACGCCCCCGUCGUUGAGCUCAACAAGCUCAUCCCCGGCUGGGUCGAGACUAACACCACCCCCGAGUCCCCCAUCGUCAUUGCCGAUUGCUCCGAGGAUAACGGUUACACCGCUGCCAUGCUUCGAGAUGGCGUUCACCCCAACGACACUGGUGACAAGCUCAUGGCCGACCAGAUCGGACCCCUUGUCACCCAGUUCAUCAAGGAUGUCAUCGCUGAGCGUGGAGAGUAA